GGCCGCCAAAUGAAAUGUGGAGUUGGGCUUUGUCGAAGAAAAAGAGAUAUUCCUUCUGAAAAGUAGAUUCUUUCCGAGCAAAGUAUGCGGUUUGCCCUCAUGGCUGUCAUUGAAUCUACUUCCAAGCGCAAAGGAGCUGACAUGUCGUGUUUGUUCGAAACCAACCGUGUUUCUUCUACAGUACAGGUCUACGCACCAGAUUCUUCAAAAAGUUUCGCUUUCCAUUGAAAAUGAUAUGCCACAAGCGAUUGAGCAGCCAUCAAUGGACAGUAGUGCUGAGCUGUCGACAGAAACUGUCAGUCAUCAUUUGCAGCCUCUUGACAGGCCUUUGGCUCAAAGAGACUCUGAUAUGGCAUCAGACAAUGAAAAUGAUUUGCCUCAAGCGAUUGAGCAGCCAUCAAUGGACAGUAGUGCCAAGCUGUUGACAGAAACUGUCGGUCAUCAUUUUCAGCCUCCAGACAGGCCUUCAGGUCAAAGAGACUAUGACAUGAAAUCAGCCAAUGAAAAUGAUUUGCCUCAAGCGAUUGAGCAGCCAUCAAUGGACAGUAGUGCCGAGCUGUUGACAGAAACUGUAUGUCAUCAUUUUCAGCCUCCAGACAGGCCUUCAGGUCGAAGAGACUCUGACAUGAAAUCAGCCAAUGAAAAUGAUUUGCCUCCAGCGAUUAAGAAGCCAUCAAUGGACAGUACUGCUGAGCUGUUGAUAGAAACUGUCAGUCAUCAUUUGAAGCCUCCUGACAGGCCUUCGGCUCAAAAGGACUCUGACAUGGAAUCAGACAAUGAAAAUGAUUUGCCUCCAGCGAUUGAGCAGCCAUCAAUGGACAGUAGUGCUGUGCUAUCGACAGAAACUGUCAGUUAUCAUUUGCAGCCUCUUGACAGGCCUUCGGCUCAAAAGGACUCUGAUAUGGAAUCAGACAAUGCUAUUGAUCAGCCAUCAAUGGACAGUAGUGCUGAGCUGUCGACAGAAACUGUCAGUCAUCAUUUGCAGCCUCCUGAAAGGUCUUCAGCUCAAAGAGACUCUGACAUGAAAUCAGACAAUGCGAUUGAUCAGCCAUCAAUGGACAGUAGUGCCGAGCUGUCGACAGAAACCAUCAGUCAUCAUUUGCAGCCUCCUGAAAGGUCUUCAGCUCAAAGAGACUCUGAUAUGGAAUCAGGCAAUGAAAAAGAUUUGCCUCCAACGAUUAAGAAGCCAUCAAUGGACAGUCGUGCAGAGCUGUCGACAGAAACUGUCAGUCAUCAUUUGCAGCCUCUUGACAGGCCUUCGGCUCAAAAGGACUCUGAUAUGGAAUUAGACAAUGGCAAUGAAGUUGUUGAUGAUUCAGAGUCUGAUGUGGGAUCAGAAAUUUGGCCAUUUCCAUUUCUAAGGUCCAGGAAUAUCCAAAUUCAUGAACCAGAUGAAAAGGAUGAAUUCGAAGAUUGUAAUGACAAUGUUCUGGAUCCUGAUUAUCACCCUGAAGAAGACUCGCAGGAAAGUGAUAGUGACUGUGGCAACCUGAGAGAUAACUUUGGGAAAACAGGGAAAAAGAAACAGGUGCAUAGACCAUGUUAUUGUCAAGAGAAUGCUGCAUUGCUUGAUGCAUUUUCCUCCUACCUAGUCCCGAACUGCAGGCAUCUACCUAGGGAAAACGGGAGAUAAUGAAAGUUCAGGACAACUACAAAGCACUUGGAAACAGAACAUGGAUGAACAUCAAGUAUCAGCUGAAAUAAUGCAGUGUAAAAUUUGAGUGUGAUUGACACUUGAUAAAACUUAGG